CCCAGCAGUGCACCCACCUGUGCUCAGCAGUGCCACCUACCUCUGCCCAGAAUCAGUGCCACCAGUCAGUGCCCAGCGGUUGUGCCAGUCAGUGCCCAGCAGUUGUGCCAGUCAAUGCCUAGCAGUGCCACCAGUCAGUGCCCAGCAGUGAUGCCAGUCAGUGCCACCUAUCAGUUCUGUCUAUCAGUACCCAUCAUCAGUGCCGCCUAUCAGUGCCACCUAUCAGUGCCACCUAUCUGUGACACCUCAUUAGUGCUGCCUAUCAGUGCUGCCUAUCUGUGCCACCUCAUUAGU